AUGCCUCCAAAGAAGAGGCCAGCAUCUGCUGCGGGCGGCCCCAGCAAGAAAAAGAAGAAGGGCGUUGACCAGGGCGCUGAUGGAUUGGCCAACAUGACCAGUUACUCCAGCGCUGUGCUUGCAGAGUAUGUUUGGCUGGAUGCAAAGCAGGUUCCAAGGUCCAAGACAAUGACGAUGACGACGCUGCCGACUUCUCUGGAAGGCUUGCGCAAGUGGAAUUAUGAUGGCAGCAGCACGGAGCAAGCAGAUGGACAAAACUCGGAGGUCUACCUGUAUCCCAAGGCGAUCUUCAAGGACCCCUUCCGUGGCAGCCCGCACAUCCUGGUGCUGGCAGAAGCCUACAAUGCCUGGGACGGUCAACCGGCGAUAGGCAAUACGCGCGCCGCUUGUGCCCAGAUCAUGGAGAAGUACGAGCACCUGGACCCCUGGUUUGGCAUUGAGCAGGAGUACACGCUCAUGAGGCCCGGGAAGAUUGGAGAAGAAGCCAAGAUUCCCCUGGGCUUCAACGAGGACGGAUCGGAGCCUGCGCCACAAGGGCCCUACUACACUGGAGCAGGCUUUGGAGUUGCCAUCGGCCGACCUGUUGCUGAGGAGCACUACACGAAGUGCUUGCAG